AUGCUCCAUAAAAUGAAUUAAACAAAUCAAAUCAAAUCUGGAGCAUUGAAACUAACACCAAAUGGGUACACCUUUAUUAAAUGUGUAACAGGACGAUUUACGUGAAAAAGAUACAAUAGCUUUACUACAUGAACCCUUCGAUUUGAGGUGGGAUGAGCAAGAACCCCUUUUGGGCUACCUGUGGUGCCUGUACGUGGACCACAGACAGCCCAAGCUACUUUACAAAAAAUGUAACGUCGUCUGCUCGUCUGAACAAGAAGUCUAAGGCGCAGAUGUAGGGAAAAAAUGUUAAAGAGCUUAAAAGAUAUAUCUUAAAGACCCUAAGAGCAAAAUAAUUUAGGCAUAUAGUUCGUAUAUAAGGUUUGAGAUAUUGAAGAUUCUACAGAUUAAGACGCCUAGACUGUAUCGGAGAGUUGGCCAGUAUGGCAAAGAAGGUAGCCAUUAUCGGUGCAGGAAUUAGUGGUCUAGGGUCUAUCAAGAAUGCCCUUGAUGCUGGUUUAGAACCAACGGCUUACGAGCGGGAUUCUUGGAUUGGUGGAAUAUGGCGCUUCACAGAAGAUGAUCGAUCUACCGUCCAAAAAUCGACUAUCUUGAACACCAGCAAGCAUUUCUCUUGCUUCAGUGAUUUCCCAAUUCCUAAAGAUAUGCCGAAUUAUCUGCCUGCAGAUCUCUACCAGCGUUAUCUGGAAAAUUAUGCAGAAAAGUUCGAUCUAACAAAGAGGAUACGAUUCAAUCACCGCAUAGAGAAGAUAAAGAAGAGCGAAGAUUAUGAGGAUACUGGAAGAUGGGAAGUACAUUAUGUAGAUGAACGGGCGGAAAACAAAGAAGUAGUUGCUGUAGUGUAUGACUUUGUUAUGGUGUGUAGUGGUGUUUAUUCACAGCCAUACAUACCUGAUAUACCAAGUAUCAAAGAGUUCACCGGGGAAAUCAUUCACAGCAAGAAGUACAAGACGUUUAAAGGAUUUGAAGGAAAGCGUGUACUGGUUGUUGGACUUGGAAACACUGCAGGUGAUAUUGCUUGUGAACUUAGUAGGCAUGCUGCACAAGUAUACAUAAGCACAAGGCGUGGCGCUUGGAUUCUGCCACGCCUUUCAACUGGAGGACAACCCAUUGAUAUGUAUGGUUUUCGCAGAUCAAUUAAUUCAAUUCCUAAAAAGGUCAGGUCUUGGCUUUUCGAAGCAAAGAUCAAAUCCAUUUACAACUUGGCAAAUUUUGGUCUAGAACCAGUAGAUAAUCCAGGAGUACAAUUUGCAGUUAUUAAUGACGAGCUCCCACAUCGUAUUGUUGUGGGUUCUAUCAUUGUUAAAGAUGAAAUUGACUACUUCAAAGAGAAACAAGUAUUUUUCAAGGAUGGCAACCACAUUGAUGCAAUUGAUACAGUCAUUUUUGCUACUGGAUUCAAUACUCAAUGCCCAGUUCUUCCUGCAUCCAUGUUCAAGCCAAACCAGUCACACCAGUUUUACAAAGCUGUUUUUUCUCCUGAGUUAAGCAAACCAACAUUAGCUGUCAUUGGAUGUUUUAGAGUCAAGGGUCCAGUAUUACCUUUAACAGAAUUGCAAGCUCGCUGGGCUGUUCAGGUUUUUAAUGGUGAAUGUAUUCUGCCGAAUAAAGAAGAAAUGAACAAAGACAUCUUGGCAUUUCAGUACCAUGACAAAAUGGAAAAGUAUGGAAAAGCAAGCAGUGUGAAGUUUCUGAUCAACAGCUACAUUGACUACAUGGAUGAUGUAGCUUCACUAAUUGGUGCCAAGCCCAAUUUGUGGAAGAUGUUUUUCCAAGAUCCUGGGUUUGCAAUCAAGUGUUUCUUUGGUCCAUGUAUACCUGCGCAGUACCGCCUUGUUGGACCACACCCUUGGUCUGGUGCUAGGAAAGUCAUAGAAGAUGUUGAAGAUAGCAUACGUACCCCACUAAGAACAAGAACAGUCGUAGAGCAUCAGUCAUCUAAAAGUGCUGCUAGAAGGUUUCUCAAUUGGAUUUUACUGGCUUUGUUUGUUCUAGUUGUUGGUAUGUUCCUUUUAAAAGUUAAAUAGAUUGGAAAACAUUAUAUUAGCCUGAUAAAAAAGGGGUUUUUAUGUGCAUGUAGGUGUUUAAUUGAGAAUGUAAGUCUUUCUACCAACUGAACAUGAUAUAAAACCAGGGACAAUCAUUGAAUUAACUGAUUUUGCAGACAGAUGCUAGAAUGUUUUACUCUAAGUAGAACUUCAAAUACACCUCGUAGCAGAAAUGCUUGAAGAGUUGGUUUUCUAAAGCGCCAUUUUGAACAGUUCAAUGGAGCUAUAAAAUUAGAACAGAGACAAAUAAUGCUUUCCAUUUAAGACUCUACUGUAUCUUUCAUUCAUUCUAGGGAUCAAAUCGUCAGAUGAAAUACAGUCCUUUGACUAAACAUUGUCGUUUGAUCGGCUUCAUCCCUACGCGCCUAGACCGAAAAGGAUCGUGGGGAUAAUUAAUUCACAGUUACUAGCUGCCUCAUAUGUUAUCUAACACGUCUUGAGCAAGUUGUACUGGACUGGAAAUACUAAAUUUUUGGCUUUCAUCCCCAAAAUAACCUAUCUUAAAGCUACUAUCUGUAGCCGGCGAUAACUCGUCUGAACAGCGCUCAAGCAGAUAAUCUUUUAGCGUCUGCACGUUGUCGAUAUUUGGGACAUCCUUGAUGGAAUAUGAUGUAAAACGGCUCUUGUUUUCCUUGCGUAAAAUGCGAAGGCAAAUGUGCAUUUUGAUUCCCAUUGUGCGAUUGUCACCGACUGACAGAGAACAAUUAAUUAUUGAUGUUAAUUUACCCGUUAUCCUUUUUGGUCUAGGCGCGUAGGGAUGAUCCGAUCAACGACAACGUUUAGUCAAAGGACUGUAUCAUAUCAGGAACGUUUGCUCAGAUUAGACCUUUUUCCAUUAUCAUAUUGGCACGAGAUUAAAUAACUUUAAUACUUGGAAGUCUGUGUGCACUAAGUGCUCCUCACGUCGUAACCUCCAUGCCAAUAAUUCUGCUGCUACUAGCUUCUAAUGGCGGUACUUGAGUCGGCAGUUUUUUUAAAUGUUUUUUCUUUGCCAUCGUUUAUUAUAUAUUACAUAUAGAGUAUAGAUCUUAAUAGUACAUAUUUUAAGUGUUUUUAAUAUAGUAUUAAUAGUCUCGACCUUUACACCAUGCACCAUGUUUAUUUGUCCAUUCAUCCUUGCCAAUCUGAUAGUAUUAUCUUUGUAUUACUAUUAUUUUGAAAGGGUACAGUUUAUGUGGAGCCAGGCUCUGUUGUGACACCCUCACCAACACUUUCAUAUUAUUAUUACUCAUCAUUUCAUUUUGUUUUUGCACACCUAGUAAUAUAUAUUAAUAUUAUCAUUUGUAACUGUCUUAUUUUUGGUGAAAGCUUAUCAAUCAAUCAAUCAAUCAAUCAAUCAACAAUAGGUGGACAUAUUAUAUCAAUCAACGUGAUUAUUGCAAAUCAAUAUUUUAUUACCAAUCGAUUAGCUUCUCAUAUGAGUACUUUGGACAUAUGGAUGCAGCGCUAUAUAAGUACAUUUGAUUAAAUAAUAUUAUUGAAAACAAAUAAAAA